CGUCCAUAGCAUACAGCAAGACAAGCGGGGCCUCCUCGCUGCAACUAUGCUUCUCGAAAUUUUGGGUCCGCCGGCACUACGCGCUCUCCUGUUUUUCCUUUUGAUUUGGCUGAGCCACACACAAGAUAGCCUUUUUUUCUGGUUCAACCCACUUGUUCUGGUGUUUAUCGCCUACCCCGUCGUCCUUUGCUUCUCUCUCUGCUAUUGGGCCGGCUACGCACCAGCCGACGAUCCGUUUUCCUUCUACGCCACCGCAGCUAGUCUUUUUGACAGCGCUCAUAGCCUCGCGUGGCGUCUCCUGUACGGGGAGGACUAUGAUGAAAAAGGGACGACCACGAGAGCAGCUUCUUACGGCGCGACCGUGGGGACCCUGGUAACGCAGUACGCUUUCGACGCCACCGGCGCGCUUACGUCCCUGUUUCAGAAGGGCGAACCGCAAAUAAGAGCAGGACCAUCGUGGCUGUAUUCGACAAUCACGGGGUACGGAGACCGUGACAGCGGUGGCGUUUCUUCUGCAGCAAUAGCGUCAACGACCUUCGUCGAGCACCUCCUGUUUCUCGUGAUGUGUGCCGGAUGGGCCGGAGCGGACAGCUCCGUGCGCGUCAAUUUUCUGCGGUUCCUGAGCUUCGUGGCGCGCUGGUUCCUCUCUCCGGACCACUGCGUGUUUGCCUUCUCGCUCCGCCGCAAUCCGAUCUUCCAGCUGCCAUGCUUCCUGCUGCUCUGGCCGUUCCGGAUGGGACGGAAGCUGAUGCAAGGGAAAGAUGCAUCACGUGCUGGUGGCCACAAUAAAAUACAUCCUGUACGAACACACCUGCGCGCGGAAGAUGAUCGUCCUGACGGAAAUGUCAUCCGACAGCCCAAAAACGCCGCGGUGCUUGGAGCUCCGGCCGCCGAGCCUGCAACCGCCAGUACAAAUACAGCCGACUUCUCUACCGAUCUGCCGCUCUUGCGCGACGUGCCGGAAGAGAAACUUCACAAGGAUCCGAAAGUGCCGUAUUUCGGACAGAAUUUCGUGAAGCACCACGUGCCGCGGAACGGGACGCACAAACUUUAUUUGGAGCAAAAGCCCUGGAAGUUCAACCUUUUCGAAACCUACGACGAGGCCAUGGAAUUUUUGACGGCGGCAGUUGCGGACUCAGUGGACAACAGCACAAGGUCCACCUCAAGGGUUGUUGUGCCCGCCUCGUCUAGUACUCCACCUUUAGCACCC